UUUCCCUCCCUCUUUUUCUCCCUCCCUUCCACUUUUCUCCUCCCCUCCCCUCCCUUCCCUCGCUCCCCCCAGACCGAUGUUACACUCCCCGCAGGUGACAAACGCUCCGUGGGGCUGAACCGAGUGUGUGUGAGGCCGGUGCCCGCCUGGCAGAAGGGCAUCAGCGACUUCCUGAAGCUCCCAUCCAAGGAGAACCGGGCACCCGACGAGGACACGCCCGGGACCAGCGGCCUGGGAGCUGGGCCCCUGCCACCGGAUCCUGCCGAAGAUGGAGAGUCCUUGGAGGAAGAGUAGAUGUGAUCUGACCUCGAUUUUCAUGUUAAAAUGCUCAUCCUACUCGAGCUUGGCUUUGUACAUUUGUAUGGUUUUUUACAAUUUUUUAUGGCUCCCUUUCAGCUGUUGUAUAGAUCUGAAAGUCUGAGAGASAGCAUGAACACUGGAGAAAUGAAUUAAUGUUCAAUACUAUUUGGYACUUAAUGUUCAGUGUAAACUACUGGUUUAAUUUUUAUCUUGGUUUGCCUGAUUGCUCCUGCAUGUUGGGCAGCUUUUGUCUUUCACCUUCUGGCUGCCUUGUGCUUGUCCAAGACUUGCAUGRUCAUGGUUGUUCUGUUUUAAAAAGMAGAUCCUCAUUUUUUUAAUAAACUGAAGCCUCCUGAGCACAAACCCA